UUGUGCAGCUGGGCGGGAACACAAGUCUCACAGCUUCAUGCCGGUAGAUGAAGCUGUCGAAAUCUACAAGGGUCAGGUGAAAUCUAUCUUCAAAUCUCUCACAGAAAAGGAAUCAGACAUCCAGGAAAAGGAGCAGCAACAGAAAGAGAACAUUUCUGGAGUUCAGGAAGAGUCACACAAUCUUCAGUCACAUGUCACAUCCCAGUUUGCUGAACUGCGCCAGAUUCUCACUGAGAAAGAGCAGCGUUUACUCGGAGAUAUCCGGGAAGAAGAGGCGAAGAUUGUAAAAACAAUGGAGAAAAAUCUUCAAGAAAUUCAAGAAAAUUUAAAUUCCAUUCAGGAGGAACUCUCAAAGUUACAGGAACAGAUAGACCACAAGGAUGGCAUGAUAUUUCUGAAGGUGAGGGGGUUACACUACAGGUUGGUGAAGUGAAAGUGCACAGUCACAAAGUGGUGGGUUAAAUUUCGGAAAUAAAUGCAUCAUUUACCA